CCCAGUUCCUCCUUAUUACAUCGCAGCUUUCCCUCUAGACAACUUGCAACAAAGUGCUUUAUUCCUCGAUCCACGGUCUAUGAAACACUCAGACAACAACAAACACACACCGGACAAGAUGAUGUCCUUCGCCCCUGCACCUAUCUUCUCUUGGGAUCAUCGACCUGCGGUGCCCUCACCACUUUCAUCCUCUCCCGUUCGCGCGUCAUCGCCACUUUCGCCAAUUGAUAGGAAUACGCUCCCACAGCGACAAAUCCAGUCAUCGCCCAUUCAACAACCCAAGUUCAAAUAUUCUUCCCGCCAGACGCGCCCGAACCCUGUCGUUCGGAAGCGUGAAGAAGUUCAGGAGAGCAGGCGGAAGCUCUUUCUCCAGAAUGUCCGCCAAAAGAGUGACGAAAAGUCAUGGCAAAGGAGAGACAUCGAGGGACAGUUAUUAAAAACAAGCUGGUUGGCGAACCAGGGCCAACUGUCUCGCGACGCGCCCGAGUUCUCCGACGCAGAUAUCGAAGAUGCUAUGGCGUUUCAGCAAGAAGAGUUCGACAUUCCAGACGAGGACGACAUGAUGGUUGACGACACUACGGAGGAUCAAGAACUCGAAGCCAUGUUUGCGUCUUAUGAGGAUCUACCGACAUCUUCAUCACAACGGCCACCCUCCACAAUAAUGUCAGACGAUGAUUAUGACGAUAUCUUCGCCGAGCUUAUUUCCCAAGAACAACACCAACAGAGCUUUUAUCAAGAAUCAUCAAAUCAGAUGGAUCUCACCGGCGACGACGACGUUAUGCGGUCUUGAGCGAUGAUUUGGUUUAUGGUUCUAACUUAUGGGAUUGAUAUUCUGGUGUUGCGGUUACAACAUCAAGGGACUUGGCGUUGGGGCAAUACCCGGGCUAGCCAUAUAUUGGCUGUGUAUAGAUAGUAACCACGUGAAAGGGUAUAUAAACGUGGAAAAAUAUCCAGCCUCCGUAUUUACUGAGGGUUACAUGCUUCAUCUCCUGGGUUCAAGGCUUCCUGUGCUGAUGCCAUGUCUCCGACCAGAUCCGAGGGAGGGGAUCCUGCCGCUUGCAUCUGUGAUUCGAGUUAACUUUGAAAUCCUUUAUAGGAUAUUUGGGGACGAAGGAGCAUACCCUUUGCAUCUUGUCUACGAUGA